AUUGGAAGGAGUGGUAUGGGACAACUAAUGAGCAAGAUUGAUUGAUUAUGGAUUACAUCAUUCCAUGGAGUUCGAGUUUGAUCAUGAACUAUACUACAGCAGAUUGCUCUACACACAAAUCCAGAUGGACUAUGGUGUCAAAGUACGGGAACUUAGUGGAGAUCAGACAUUGACUCGUCGACAGAUUGAUGAGACUCAAAUUAUUGUGACAACACCAGAGAAGUGGGAUAUCAUUACUAGGAAGUCAGGUGACCGCACAUAUACACAACUUGUAAAGCUUUUGAUUAUUGAUGAGAUUCAUCUUCUUCAUGAUAACAGAGGUCCCGUGCUUGAAAGCAUAGUUGUCAGAACUAUGAGGCAAAUUGAGACCACUAAGGAGCAUAUCCGCCUGGUGGGAUUAUCAGCCACACUCCCUAAUUAUGAACAUGUAGCAUUAUUUUUGCGAGUUGAUCCAAAAAAAGGUCUGUUCCAUUUUGACAAUAGCUAUAGACCAGUCGCACUCUAUCAACAGUACAUUGGAAUAACGGUGAAGAAGCCAUUGCAGAGGUUCCAAUUGAUGAACGAUCUCUGUUAUGAAAAGGUAAUGUCGUUUGCAGGAAAGCAUCAGGUUCUUAUCUUUGUCCAUUCAAGGAAAGAAACAUCCAAAACAGCUCGUGCUAUACGAGAUGCUGCUCUUGCCAAUGAUACACUUAGCAGAUUCUUAAAGGAGGAAAGUGCUAGCCGUGAGAUUCUUCACACUCAUACUGAUUUAGUUAAAAGUAAUGAUCUCAAAGACCUUUAA